UGCCCCCCCUCCCCGCCCGGUGUGUUGUUGCCGGGAGAGCGCGGGAGGGGCGGCGGCGCUCGAUUGGAGAACUGAGCCCGGCGGCCCGGCCCGACCAGCGCCGGCACCGGGCGCCUGCUGACCGAAGCCGCCAGCGAUCGCGACGCGGGCGCUUUUACGGGAGGAAGGUUGGCCAAUAGCGCUUCCGCAGAACGAAAAAAAAACCAAGAGUCAUUUUGUUGCGAGUCCUGACGGUGUUCACGCGUUCGCGGCUUGAAGGGAAAGUCUUGAUUUCUUCGGGAUCUGAUUUUAAUAUCAUGGGAGCUGAACAGAGCACGUAUCACGAUCAUAAGCAACCAGAAUGUCAUGCUUCAGCAACAAAUUCUCCAGCGAAACAAAGAGCCAAAAUGGAUGACAUCGUAGUUGUUGCUACAGGAACGCAUCCGCCAGCUAGAACCACAUGGAAUGAUCCAGAUGUUAUUAAAUUGCAUGAAAUUCCGACCUUUCAACCUCUGCUCAAAGGGUUAUUAAGUGGUCAGACUACAGCCAGCAACAGUAAAUUGGAGAAGCUAGAUUCGCAGCAAGUACUGAAGCUCUGUUUACGCUACCAGGAUCAUCUGCAUCAGUGUGCUGAGGCAGUCGCUUUUGAUCAAAAUGCCCUUGUUAAACGAAUCAAAGAGAUGGACCUCUCUGUUGAAGCCUUGUAUAGCGUUAUGCAGGAGCGACAGAAGCGGUAUGCUAAAUAUGCUGAACAAAUACAGAAGGUUAAUGAGAUGUCAGCCAUACUGCGCCGCAUACAGAUGGGCAUAGAUCAAACUGUCCCAUUAAUGGAGAAACUUAAUAGCUUAUUGCCAGAGAACGAAAGACUUGAACCUUUUUGCAUGAGAGCUGAUAAAGAUAUAAAAUACCAGUAGCCAAUGAAAUCUGCAACUCCACUCUCCGAACACUCCACUGGAUUUGUGCAGAUACCUGCAAUUUAGAUAUUAAAUCAGCUGAACCAUCAUGCAUUUCCAGGUAUAUUGAGCAUUAAUUAUAAUGUACUCUUCUCCCAGAAUUGUCUGCACAGGGGAAAUAACACUUGAAUUCCAGUGUACCAGCUUUUAAAUGUUGCUGGUGUGAACAAUGUCAUCUGUUAUUGCAAGCUUUAUUCAGAAAGGUUUUCAGAGACUUAAGCUGUCUAGGGAUAAACAUUUGCAUCCUUUUUUCACCACUACAGUUAGUAUUGCAGUUGGCACUAUUAAAUUUGUUGAAAUUAAUAUUCUCUUUAAUUUUCCCCAAGGCUUCACCACUUAAAGUGUGUUUACUGAUGUUUCUCAUCACAUAGAUAUUGAUUAUAUAUGCUGUGUACGUGUGUAUAUGAUGUGUACAUUGUUUUUUUUUGUAAAGGUAUCAGUUGUGUGUGUGUGUGUAUAUAUAUAUUAUAUAUUUUUUUCAUCUACUCUGGGAAUACUUUAGGAACUUGAAGAUUAGUUGAGAUGUAGAUCUGAAAGAAUAAGUGAUGGCUAUUCCCAGAGAUUGUUUUUGUUAUUUCAAGUUUGAUCAUUAGGUUCUUGUUUUGUGAAAAUUUGGAAUAAUUUGCAACUGAGGUGCACUAACAGGUAAUUUUCCAGUUUGCAAAAGAGUCCAAAUAUGCUAAAUAGGUUUUGCAGUUUAUUGUAAAUUAAGAUGUGCAGUAAUUUUAGUAGAAACAAGAGGAUAGGUAAGAUAAAUAAUUUUAUCUGUCUCACUAUUUCAAACAUUUUAGUACUAAACAAAUAUUAAAAUGCAUUGCUUAUGCUACAUACUGCUAAAUUACAGUUUUGUGUGGAACUUCGACAAAUCUCAUCUGUAAUGACUGAUAGCUGAGCUUCAUUGUAAUUGCAGCUCCUAGUUUUAUAACAAUUCUGAAGGUAAAUGAAACUGCAUUGAACUGUAAAUAACAUUUCUUUAAAUUGCAUAUGGCUACUUAACAUUUACAUUUUUAAUUUCUGGUUCUUUGUUCAAUGAUCAACAAGAAAUAUCAUAUUUGAAUAUUUCCAUUUUGUGUAAAAUACUCCAUUUGUAUGGGGAUAGAAUUAAGGUUUUUUUAUGUUGGGAAUUUUUAUGAUCUCUGACAAGGAAGAACACUUACACAAUAGUGCACUUCAGUUCUGGAAUAAAGAUCACAUUUAUCAGUUACAACAAAAUUACUCAUCUCAAAAAUUAGGACUUGAAAGGGAAAAUAAUCAAAUGUUAGACGAGCGUGCUAUGUAGAAAUGAUGAAUACCAUGCAUUUCAGUGUUUAAACUUUAAAACAAAAUUGGAUAGCUUGCUGUGUUUCAUUUUUACCUUCAGGUAUCAAACAUUUGACCAGUUGUAGAGAAAACUGCAAAAUUUUUCCUGCAACAACUUAUUUUUUGUAUUGUUGAAUGUCUACUGUCUUUGCAUUUUAUUUCUUAUGUUCUCUAGCUGUAGAGGGAUUUUAUUAUUUUACUCUAUAUAGUAUAUUUUGCGCGUUGUACAUUUUCAAACAUUUAAAGCAAACAGCUUGAGCAAUUUUUCUCACCUUACUGUGAAAUAUUUUGCUUAUUUAAAAUCAGAACUUGUGAUCCAGCUGUUACUACUGUAAUUAGCAAAGUUGUGUGAAAUUAUUUCUCUGUUUUCUGCAGAGUUUAAGAACUAAUUUCUACCAUUUCUUAUCCGUGAGAUUUAGCUAGAGUUACAUUUCAGAGUCAUGCACUGAGAGAAGAUUUUUGCAACAAUAAUUUUUUCCCAUUAAUCUUAUUUUCCCAGUUCUGGUAAUAUAAUGCAUCACCUCAAGAUUUAAGAGGCAAUUUCAUGAACUUUAAAAUUAUAUUCUGAGAUCCUGUAAUUGUUAUUUAUGUGUUUUAAAAAUGUGAAACAGAAGGAAAAAUUUAAACUUGAAAUAAAGACAGCUAAAAUUACA